UAAACAUUUUCUUGAUAUUAUUUAUGAUCUUAAUCGGUUCUUCCGCCGAACUUGCGAUUCGUGAGAGCAAAUCUUCGGUUCGUUGGGGCCAAGUUUGGUAAUGUGUAUGUGGGACGACGUGGUCGUGUGUGAGGACCUUUAACAAUGAUAGAUCGAGCCUCAUGAUUUCGUUCGUAGUUAAUGUCAGUAGUCAACUAUGGAGCGGUUAUGUGUAUUACUGUCCAUCGAUGACAGUUCUAUGACAUCUAUUAAAACUGAUAUACUAAUAAAUACUAAACCAUGAGUGACACAACAAAAAUUGAAUGCAAUUCUUAUAUAAGCAUCAAAUACAGUGUUUAACAACCAAAAUGAGAAACGGCUCUUGAUUUCGUAAAUGCAAGAAAACACAUCGAUCAUGGAGGAGAACGAGCUGUAUAACGCUACCGUUCCAUCUCUUUCCGGAAUUGAACCAGCAUUCUGGAAUUAUUCCGACCAUGUCAUCCUCGAUGACCUUAAGAUGGACAGUAGUUUUAUAUAUUUACUUUGCUCGCUGGUAUCCGCCACAUCCUGGAUCAUUUAUAUAGCUUAUUACAAUAGCAGAGUGAUCGGUUACAUAUUGACAAAAUUAUUGAAUCGAUUUGUUAUUAGAGAUGGAUACGUUAAAGUAGGGUCUUUCACUCUAAGCGUGUUAAGCGGAAAAAUAAUGUUUAGAGAUAUAGUUUAUAUUACAACAGAUUAUAGUAUCAGAGUUCAAGACGGAUGGCUUAUAUUCAGAUGGUGGAGGAGUUAUGUUCCCAAAGACGUAUCCGAAGAUCUUUCACAUUCCGAUACCCGACUGUCAGUGAUGUUGAACGGCUUCGAAUUGCACGUGUACAAUCGCUGUCAGCUGUACGCACAAUUGGAGAAAUCAUUCGGUCUGACGCCCCAAAUGUUUCCGGACGAGGAGGAUCACACCGUGAAUAUCGACGAUCGCGAUGCCGAGUCAAUACGGAACUCGGCCAAUCAGAAUUUCCAGCAGAUUAACGCGAUGGAUGUUUCGCGUCGCGUCGAUAACAUUAGGAAGAAAGAAGCUCACGUUAUAGCACGGACAUGGAGAGAUUUAAUACCUGUUAUUAAAUUAGACGUGUGCACGGGGAGACUGGUGUUCGGCAAUCGACUGGUCCCGACGACCUUGUCGAUAACCGUGGAGGAGGCGCAUUUCGUGUACUCCACGAAGCCGGCCGCGUCCCGCCACGACCAUUUCAUGCACUUCACGAAGUGCAAGGCGGAGAAUUUCAAGGUGAUACUGGCGCCGAGUCCGAAGUAUACCGGCAUGGUGGACGAUCCGCCCAGGUACAUGGGCGAGGGCUUCGUCGUGCUCAGCUCGAACAACAUGGAGGUAUACUACUACAUGGACGAGCCGGGAUUUGUGCCCGAGCACCCGGAAAUGAUACAGCUGGUAAACGGCGACAUGGUGGAAGCGAUGCCGCCUAUUUGGGGCAUCGACAUCAAGUGCGGCAAGGGGACGGAUUUCAGCUACGGGCCGUGGGCAGACCGGCAGAGGGAGCACCUCUUUAAAUUCUUCUUCCCGAACGAUUAUCAGCCUUUGAAGGUGACGAAGCCGCCAGUGACCGGCGAGAAGCGGCAGGUCCAGUCGUUCGACAUCAGAUUAUCGACGCUGAACGAAGCCACGAUCGACAUACUCUUCAGCAAGAACACGGAAACGAACGCCGUCCACGUGAACGUCGGGCCUGGCUCCUACCUAGAGAUCACGAUGCCCUGGAUAGUAUUGCAGGACGGUUACACGACGAAGAUCACCGGUCAGCUGUUGCAUCUAGAAGCAACCACGAGCCUGCAGUACCGCAGCCUGGUUCAGAGCGAGACGUUGGAGUUCGGCGUGAAGUGUCACUACCCGAUCCGAUGGAACGACCAUCAGGAAUGGACGCUGAACCUGACAGGCUGUAAGGCCACCGCGAACCUGGUCUACUCGCACAAAGAAUUCUUCCAGGACAUGAUCAACGACUGGGCGAGCAAGGCCAGGCCCGACAUCCUGCACUUCGUCCCAUACACCUGGAAGUUCAAUCUGCUGUUGAAGGAGUUCGAGCUGAUCACGCUGUGCAACGAGUACAACUGGAUCGACUGCUCCUCGCAGAACCAGGAGAACGCGCACAUCGCGUUUUGCGGCGAAUUCUUCGAGCUGUCGUUUGACCUGCCGUUCGUUGACUACCUGCCGGUUACGAUACCGCUCCGUUUCUGGAUCCAGGGCGAGAGCGUCGACCUCUCAUUCUACCUACCGGAGGUCAACACUAAUCACACGAUCCUGCUGGCGCUGCACAAGAACGCGAAGAUCAUGACGCGGGACGGCUCGCACAUGUACCUGUCGGAGCUUAGCAAGAACAAGAAGUGGAGGAACGUGUGCCAGAAGGGCGCCGGCUGGGUCGACUGCUGGUCGGUGCCGAUCGUCGCGUUAAGCAUCAACUACACGUACCACCUGUGCCCGCCCCUCGGCCCCGCCCCCCAGGCGAACAUCACCACGCCGGAGAAGGAGGAGAUUCUCCUGUCGCCGAUGAGGAUACCGCGGUGCAGAAAGUCGCCCGGGCUUCAAUGGUCGACGAACGGUAGCCAGAAGUUCGACCCGCAGUCCAUAGCGCCCGACAAGGUCACAUUGGACCUGGAGAUCGGUCCUUCCAUACUGUUUCUGUACGGUUCGUUGCUGAAGAACUUUAUACACCUGAAGGAGAACCUGUUCGGAGAUUAUCAGACGUUCACCGACAUGCAGCAGAGCAGGACGAACCCGACUGUCGCGGAGAGGGGUAAGGACAGGGACGUGCAGAACAGCAGCGUGGAGUCUGUGGACGACGAGGACGCGAAGUCGAAGGCGUUCGACCCCAGGGAAUAUAGGCCGCUGGAGGUGAUCGUUGGGAUCACGAUGCACGACAUCCAGGCGCAUCUGAUCAAGAACUGUGGCGAGAACGAUCCGCCGUGUCCAGUUAUACUACUCGAGCGGUUCGGCUUCGAGAUGAAGAAACGUUAUCGGGAGACCGAGCUGCAGCUGCUUCUGUCACCCGCCAUCGCGCUGCUCGCCGACAACGUGGUCCGCACGAGCAAGGACCGUCACAUGAAUCAGGGCCACUUGAUGCUGAGCGCGCUCCAGGUCAGGGGUCACGCGAUGUUCAGCAAUGAGGGCCGAACCCUCGACCAGGAGACACUGGAGUACGCGUGGCUGAUCGAGGUGCAGCUGGGCAAGUUGGCCGGGAAGAUGAGCUCGCCCCAGCUGCACCAUCUGAUCACGUCUCUCGAGACGUUUCUGCUGAUGGUGAAGAACAACGAGAACACUUUGAGGCCGCCCGAUUUACCGCAUCAUUGUCAUCACGGUAUACCCCCGUUGCAGUGUCCUGACAGCGACGUUGAUAAGCAUUACAGGUGUCCCAGUUCCGAGGAUAUAAAGUACAGGAUGACGAGGAUAGCGAUAGACUCUGUCGACCUGCAUUUCCAAGAGGUGGGGACCGCUGUGCAUCUCUGGAUAUCACCGAUCCGCGUUUCCACCUGCAAUCUUCACGGCCACCAAGUCAAGUCCGGCGUGACUAGUGUGCUGCCUAGGAUAUUACUGCGGCAGUUCGUGUCGGCGGCAGAUCAUUUCGCUAACACGAGCAACACGAACACAACGGGCAGCGGGAGGUCGCACAAUAAUGCAAGCAGUCGAAUGUCAGGCGACGGCUCCGACGUCUGGUUGGAGGUCGGAUCGGUGGCCUUAGGCCCGGUGAUUUUGGAGGCCGCGAUAUCGCUUCCGACCCCGGAGCACAAUUUGCAUUUAGUACAAAACAAGUAUUUGAAGUUGCACGACGAGGCCACGAAGCGUUUGUGGUUCCUGUGGCCGCAGGAGAGCGGCGUGAAGCCGGCCAAGUGCGGUUGCAUAGGCGGCUGCGCGUUUUUCGGAAACAAUCGAAACGGGCCGAGAUUCUUCAAGCCGAAUUAUCACGAUUUCCAAGACGGCAUCAACGUUGCAGCGUAUAGAAUUAACGAGACCGGGAAGGAAAAAGGUUUCGGACAGUCCAUUUUGCACGACGGCCAAUUGGUGUUCCACACGUCGCCGUACAACUUGCAGGACUUGUCGCUGCAAGACUAUCCGGCCGCUGGCGUAAAGUUGACUGCCACACAGGACGGAGUGCACGCGACGAAAAAAGUCGAGCGUCCCAGGUCUGUGGCAGAUCAUACUAAAGAUUCCGGUAUCGAGGAGCAUAGUAGUACAAAAUUAAUUACUGCAUCAGCAAGUCCGUUCGCGUGCAGCGGGGAUCGGAAAGUGCUCGGCAGAAGAUUUUCUUAUACAUCAAUGCGCGGGAGCAGCGCGCGGGACGUGCCGUAUUCCCGUCUAGUCGAUGCGAGCCCCGUGGCGCACCUGCCCCAGAAGCUGGACUCGGACUCGAAGUUGCACACGGAGCGCAGCAAGUCGAUCCUGAGCGUCCCGGAGAUCGAGGCAGCGCCGAAGAGCAGCGUGUCGGACUCGAAGCUGGCGGUGGACUACUUCAAUGCGUCGGACGCUGAGCCGUACGAGUCGACCAGCCCGCAGUCGUUGCCGACGGUAUCGACGGAGGCGAACUACGUUGAGUCGAUGCAGACGUCCGUGAAGACCGUCGACAGCAUCAACGUCUCCGACUCCCGUCACUCGUUGUACGUCGCCUCGGAGUCCGAGGAAAGGGUGCGGCAGGAGGUGCAGCGGACGAUAUCGAUGUCCUCAGAGAACCACUCGGAGGCGUUCUAUUCGGCGGACGAGGACACCAGCCACGGUUUAAGCGGUAGCCGGACGUCCAGCCUGCGGCAGUCCAUCAUCGGGUCGGGCACGGUGCUGGCGCGGAACGACAGCACCAAGAAGAAAUAUUCGUCCGAUCUGUCAAUCGUGGAGAGCGCGUCGAACGCCACGGUGCCCAUGUCCGAGAAAGCGCAUACGCUCGAGAGGGCGAAGCCGCAGACGAUGAGCGUGAAACGCAGCCCCCGGGUGAACCGGAACACCAGCUUCCAGAACGACGCCGACGUGGCCGGCAACGGCGCGCUUAAGGACUCCUCCGACAGUCAUUCCGUCUCGUCCACUAGCUUCAUCUCAGCCGUGUCCUCGCAGGAAGACGUCACGCUGGUCAAUUUACACAUGCAGGUGAACAAGCCGAUCGUCGACUCGCCGUUGCUAAUGUCGAGUUACGUUAGUCAUUUGACUCAGGUCCGUUGCGCGAAUUGGAGCCAGUCGUCGAUACCGAGCGGAAGCAGCGCGUUCACCACGCCGCUUUUCCAGCGCACCGAGGACGGCAGAUUGGUUUACGUCGGCGCGAAACACGUGCCGAAGUACGAGACGAUCGCCGAAGGGUUCACGUCGUUGAAGAUGAUCACCAGAUCGGACGGCUCGCCCACGGCUGGUUCGUCCAACAAGACGCCCACUCAUCCGUACCUUUGGGACAGCGCGACCAUUAGUCAAAUGGAGGGCGAAGAGGAUCACACGACUCACAAUGAGGAGGAGUUAUUGGCGGCGCAGCACGAGAGCGGUUCCCGUACGACGGUGAUAGUAAAAUUUAAGGGAGAUGUAGAUAUUAUGUUAAGUCCCAUGGUGCUAGAAUCCCUGCAGCGUUUCAUCGACGCGAUCAUACCGACGUUGGCCGCCUUGCACCCGCUGUCCAUCCUGAAUCAUCUUCAUCAUGAGUGCAUCGGGAAGGUCGAGGAUGCCAAUAUUCUGAAGCAGGAUCAGAGCUUGUCAUACUGGAGUCAAGUGCAGACUAGUUCGAAAAGGUCCACCGCCGAGAGAAAUAUUAAAAACGGACAAGGUGACGAUAAACGUAAAAUCGCACUGCAAACCAACGUGUACGAAGAAAGUAUUAUGACGCAAGUGCAAGGCAGCAUUAUUUUGCCAAAAAUGAAUAUAACAUUGCUGCAGGCAUCUGUUGUCGAAGAAAUCAUAUCAUUCUCCGCCCUCGAAAAUAUACGAGACUUGACGUGCGUGUCGUUGUUCGCGAUCUGCUUUGACGACGUAACGGUGAGAUUCUACAUCGGGAAACAGGCCCGCGAAGUCGUCCAAACGUUUCACAAACCGGCCGUGUUAACGAAUCAGAAGAAAGUGAAUAAGAUUAGCAAGGCAUUUUUACCUGGUCAUCAAACAGCCGCCGUGGUUACUGACAUUGGCAGUGGUGAGACGGUGUACAUAGAGACUUCCGAGAAGCAACAGGAAGAAAUUGUAGUCACGUUAAAUAUAGGCAAGGCUCACUCUCAAUUACGUAGGCUACGAAACGAGUCUUCGAUAUUAAAAGAUGCUGUGAUAACAGCAAUUCCUGCUCACUAUUCAAGAGUGUUGUUUACGUGUACCAGAAUAACGUCUCCGUUGAAGUGCGUCGAUUAUUACAUGCAUCAGGUUGUAGACGAGAAAGAGAAGAGCAAACAGAGUGGUCCUCCGCAAGCCACAGAGGAGUUUACUCUGGGAAGCGGAGAGGACAGACUGGGUUUCAUAAUGUUCGAGUGUGGAUUGGAAGGCAUUAAACUGAAAGUGGUGAAGAGAUCGCAAUUCGAGAAAGGCGAGAACGGAGGCGACAGCAAGAAAGUGGACACUGAAGUACUUUACACAGACAGUGUGAAAAGCCAAGAGGAAUUAGAUAACGCAGCCGCACCCGCCGCAACAGCGACCGAACCAGAAACAGCAUCAACGAAUUUACCAAACGGAGUUCAAAUAAAUACCAGCGCCACGUGCGCCAGUCUUGCAUCGAAAGCAGGAAAUGGAAACACGGUCUCCUGCAUCAUAGAAUUGAAGACAGUGUGGUUCAAUUUCGCGGCCCCGCCGCGUACACCUAUUACUAGAAAAAUAGAUUACACUCGAUUAGAUUGGAAUUUGUUGAGCACAGCGUCGCCAGCCAUAAACGCCUGGAUGAAUCCCAGCAAUAAAUUCGCAAUGCGGAUCGUGCACAUGUUUAGGACUAUGUACAGAAGAUCGACGGCCAUCGUGGCCUGUCUCAUGGCGGAGGCGUUGGAUGUGCAGGCAAUCCAUAUGCCGGCUAAGAGUCGUUAUGGAAGAUUGACCCCGUUAGCUAAGACAUUGCAAGAAGAUCCAUCGUGUCAAUUAUGUACAAUACUACAGAAUUACGUUCUACUGAACGAUCUGACAAAUAUCGAAGCCAAUUUGAAAGAGUCCGAUUUACCUUUGUUGUCGACACUUCGUCAGGGUGUCAUAGUGCUGAGUAGACAGUGGAAGAACGUCCUAUACACGCCGUUAUUAUUGGAACAUAAUUACAAAACGAAACACGUGAAACCGUUGAACGUCACUUUUGCAGUGUCAGACCCGGAAGAGGAGAAUUUGCUGACAGACGGUGAGGGUAGCGCAGGAGAAGUUGAUGAUCAGGAAGUCACAGAUGAAUGUGCUAUGUUAAUUCAUACGGACCACAUGCAUAAACAUAUACAUGUCAAGGGUGGACAAGAUAAAACCACAGGUAUUUGUGGCGAUGGUUUGACGGUUCCUGUAAGUUCUCCUCGGGGGAAAGAUACAACCCCUAUAGCAACACCGGUUCCAGGCCCGGAUUCAUUAACCUCCCCCUCUCCACCAGUAGUUCAUCCAAAGAAAGGAAAAUCACUACAGCCCACGCAAGUGCCUGCUAGUACACGAGCAAGUAUUGUUUUUCCAUUGCUUGCAAGUGGCGGGUUAUUCAAUCAAACUCGGGAACCAAAUAACAUAAGUUACGGCACGCUCAAAGAAGAGAAGACACCUCAGAUUCACAUCUCUCAUUCCCAUCAACUCGGUUCAAAUCCAAGCAUCUAUUCUGGCGGAGGGCAUGGCAGUCAGCAUAGCACCGGAAGCUUGGACCAAGUUACAUCCCCAACAAGCCACCAUUCCGCCAAGCCUUUGAACACUGGCGAAGACCUGUACAGUUGGAUGGCCAAGCAGCAAGAGUUCAUAAAGGAUAACGAUAAAAGCAAUUUGAAAGGAAACUGGGUCUUUCGCGCAGAACAAAAGUCUUUGAAGGACUCCAAGAUCAAUACGAUGACAACUGAUGAUACAGAAGACUCGGAUGUCCAUAGUGGUACACUUCUUUAUCCAAUGAAAGAUUCGCUCAGGCUGCUAGACGCGCAUUUGAUUUUCGAGCCACUUUUGUCUUCCUUAUCCGUUAUGCCGCAGCAAAUGCUUUCUGCUAUUGGUUCCGGGAAUGUGAACAAUGUGUCUUCCUUAGAUUCAUUAGGAUUUAAUCUGUCUUUGGUGGGGAACAUGGAGACUAUGCGCAUCGAUAUUGUUGUUAGCGAAUUCGGCAAAGUAACAGAUAAGAAGAAAGGCAAUAAAUAUCAAACGAAGAAAGGCAACAACUCGAAAUUCCAUUUGGACAUACCGCCGGAAACGCCGGCGUUCUUGUGCGAGAAGAUCGGCAUUGACAUAGACGUGAAGAAAAUGGCCGACAUGACCGUAGACGAUAUGAUUCAAAAGCAAACUGUUCUGUACAUAUCGCGGGGCCAAUUGAAAAAGCAUACAAGUACAGUUGUGAAUUUUAGUUUAAAUAUUCGGUACAUUAGCCAACAAGUAAAUAUGCCUCUUCUCAGAUUAUUACAUCAGAUUAGUAAUAUGUAUCAGAAUGUUAAGGAAACCCAGAUGGAAUUGAAAGAGCAGCAGCCGGAGAACAAGCGAAACAAUAAUCUGAUCGUUAACGACAUUACGGCCAAGAAUGGUUCAUCGUCAACGUCCGAUCUACAAGAACAGCUUUUACUAGGUGGUAAGAAGAUGGAUAUUCCUCUGCUGCGAAACAGUUUCGAGCCGAAUCUGUCGAAAGUCACGUCGCCUGAAACGAACAGCCGAUCGCGUCCGCAAAGUUUCGCCCAGAAGCUGCGUAGCACCGGGAAAAGCGUGAAAGGCUACAUUAAUCUGAGCGAGGGUGUGAUAACUCCGAAUUUCGGUGCGAGUCCAAGCGGAUCCGGCUUGGACAAGUUCUGCGUGCUCCCCGACAAAUGCAAAGACACGCCGCACACGACGCCCCGAUGUUGGAAAACGAUCUACUAUCUGCUGGAUUUGUACGCGACGCGGCCAGAGACUAAAACAAUCGCGCAUCGUUUCUCCAUACCGGCGGACGCGUCGGAGCACUAUAAAAGCGGUCGGAAGUACGAGCUGCUGAACGAAACAAAAGACGCGGACAUCGAGAAAGGAAUGACAGCUGAAAACAGUUCGACACCUGUGCCUCUUCCUAGGGAACUAAGUAUCGUUACAGGAGAACGUACGAGAUUAAUUAUCUUCGGCGUUGCUAGGAUACACAGAACCAGAUGGUUAGCCACUCUGAGCGGCUUGAAACUCGAAGCGGAGAUAACGAGUCUGCACGCGAGUCUGACUUGCUGUAAGAAAUCGAGGCCGGCGAGUUUCGAGUGUAGCUUGACUGGACAGAUAGGCAGAACUAUGAUCGUCUUACUAGAAGGCGUAGCUCCUAGCCAACAGACAGUUGUGAAAGUGACCGUGGGGAAGUCGCAGGCUUUGUACUCCAGCAUCAGUAAGCAUCAGAAGGACAAGAAUAGCGGUCUGCUGACUGUCGGUGUUGUGAACAUAGAUAUUCCACAACAUCCGGUGGCUUUGCACGGCAUGAUGACCAGAGGCAGCAAACAGUUGUCGUCGACUUUACAGGAACUCAGAGUAACCAGAACCUCCUCGAGAAUGUCCAGAGGCCAACAGCAGGACGACGUGGAUACAGGUGUACCUGGUAGUCCGCAUCACUACACCACAGUACCACCAGUUGACAUACAGAAGCCACAAGUUGUGUCCAGCCUGCUGGAGCCAAUUGUCAUGCAGUUCAACAUUAUUCUUCAGAGCCUGAGCAUAACAGCGGCUUUGCUGCCGUCUUUGCAAGCACAGUACAAAAUGGAUCAAGUUACUAGCUCCGGUAUAACCGGCAGUAAAGCCAAGUUCACAAUAGACCUACCUCAUCACACCCUGAGCUUCACGACGAAGCUCCAGGUGACUGAAGCGAAUUUACCUUCUGAGGCGAGCAUUGAGCUUCCCAAAGUGCACGUGUCCGCGCAAUACGUUCAGGACGGCAGCAGCAACAUGAACGACAGCAAAUUGGCUGACGGUGUGGUGUUGCGGCAGGGCAGCUAUCUGAGCGCCACCGCCGACAUCGGUGUAUUCGAACAUUCCUUGACCACGGACCUCCUCAACCACCUGGUGUUUGUGCAGAAAGUGUUCAUGAAAGAAGUCAACGAAGUUGUGCAGAAAGUUUACGGCGGGGAGAAACCGGUUCCCUUGUGGCUGGAAGACGAGGAACCGAAUAACUCGCCGGUGAAGAGAAUAUUGUUCUCGUUGAUUAUUCGCAUUGAGAGAGUGCAACUGACCGCGACGACACCGACGAAUUCGGCGGUGCGCUUGGAGACCGGAGCCGUUGAACUUCAACUGUCCAACAGAGUGCAGAACGUUGUCGGCGCCACCCAACCGAACCCGUAUAUGAAGCUGUUCGGAAAGGCGCAGGUCGACAUCAACCUGAGCCUCGGACAGUUGCUGAAGAACGUCCUGUUCGAAGAGGCGGAGACCGAGUUCCAGCAGUUCGCGUUCUUCAACACCAGAGUAGGAUUACGGAAUGCCUUCCAAGAGGAAAUGGCGCAGGGCGAGGACAAAGAAGUGGUAUUAAUUACGUUGAAACGGCCGUUGAUCUACAUCCAGCCGGUGGCCAUCGACAAAGCGAUACUGGUCUGGCUGAAUUACAAGAACGCGUACGAAUACUGGAACGAGAAGAGAGCGAACUUGAACAAAGAGGUUCUGACAGCUACGCAGCAGGUGUUCGAGAAGGUUCCAUUCGGUCAGAUAACCAGCCAGCUCAGCGCUCCACACUUGGGAACCCUGUUCCUGCAGCUGACAGUAGACGACAUGGGUAUUUGUGUGCCGCUGAAUCCUCUGCCACCAACAUGGGGGAUGAACAGAGGACUCUACGAUGGGGAAUCGAGGGAUGCUGUCGUAGUGACAUUGGAGAACACGAGCAUAUCUGCGUGCAGCAGUGGUAGCUUGGUCAGUAAAGGAAGGUUCAUGGGCUUGUGCUUGAGAUUCGCCGAGGACUUUGAAACUUCCUUGGACGAUUGGAAACCAGACGCGACUGACAGCAGUAUAAUGAACUUAUGCAUGGUGUCCGAGGGCACUUAUGAAGUGUGCAGCAGAACGAUCGCGCAGAAACCAGACAAAUCUGAUAAUGCCAAGUGGAUUUUGAAUGUGCAAUGGCAAAUGGAAGGCGUCGACAUACAUUUGGACGUCAGUGUCGGUCAGCAGCUUUCGGCUCUCGGACACACGUUGACGAUGCUGACUGGCUCUGAAGAGGACGACAUUCAUGCACCCGCCGAAUACGACAGCGAUGACGCGGACCAACCAGAUAAUAGCACUAGCCAGGUUAAAAAAAAAGAGAGUAUACUGAUGAAGAAGUCAAAGAACUGGACGGACAGUUUGCCGGCGUUCGUCUUCGACCCGACGCUCGACGCUAAGAAAAGGUCCAAGCUGAUCGAGAAGGAGAUGAACGAACAAGCGAAGAUCAUAAAUGAUCUGCGAUCGCUGGGUGCUUCUCAUGGAACCAUCGAACAGGAAAUGAAGCGCCUGCACGAGCUGGAGGCUGUUGUGUUCAAAGAUUUCAGAAGAGACAUGAUACAGAAGUUACGGAGACAGUCGGUGAAAGCGUCCGGAAUAAAAGGUAAAUUAGGACUUGGUGGUAAGACAAACGCAUAUCGAUCACGGUCAUUUAUAGUGCCAUCGCCGACACUUGAAAAUCAGCUAGAGAGUCCUGAAGACAUAAACAUGGAGGUCAAUUCGGCCAACUCCGCCAGUUACGAAAGUAGUCCUAGAAGUGGCCCGAGUCGGUCCGCUUCUCUCCGAGUGAGGGGCCUCGGUGGCCCGCGAGUUACGUUCAGCGACACGCACACGAUGGGAAGGUAUGUUAGGCAAUCGUCGCUGCCGAGUGCCGGCUCGGAGCUGAGCUUGCCGGAAGGUGAGCUGGACUGGCCGCAGACUAUCGAGAUCGAGGGCGAAAGGGUCGAGCUGCGGAAGAAGAGCAGAGAUAUCAGUUGCACCUCGAGUUACGACAGCAUGGAGGGGAACGCUCCGUUGCUCGAUUCGUUCGCGAAGGAGCAAUCCUCCUCGACGUCGUCGCCUUACAUAACAGCUCAGAAACCUCAGGAUCCGAACAUAGACUUCGAACUGGACGUGAAGGUUCUGAUCAACAGCGGACAGUGCGUGCUUCAUACGAAAGACCCUGGGAAGGAGGACGAAAUUAAAAUCAUGAGCAGAAUGAAAAAGGAACGAUCAUGUUCAGGAGGCACGUUCGAGUUUCAGCCGAGCAGUCCCAGCAGCAGCAGGAAACACCUGAGCAGCAAGGAGAAGUCGUCAACCACCAGCACGUCGCGGUUGCGGUAUCUUCAGCAUCCAAAUGUACCCUUGGUGGAUUUGACCAUUUUUCAUAUUCCUGGCUUGGACGUGAAGGUGCACUACGAAUCGAAGACGCUUCCCGAAGAAUCGAUGUCUCCCCGCGUGUCCUCGGACAACGCUAUGCUGAAUCCCACGCCGUCAGCGUCCGCGUUCAGAAAGUCCAGCACAAAGAAGGCCAGCCUGUUCGCGUGGAUGACGCUGCAGAGCAUACCGGAGGAGACGAUAAUAAGCCCGCACAUCCUCGAGUUUCUAGAGCAAACGUUAGAGCCGAUACCGUGCAAAGCGAACUUCCCGAGUAACGCGCAAACGAACCCGGUCUACACCAGUGAGAACACGGAGAGCACGUCCUGGGCAGCCACAGCGGCGAGCAGCAGCAAUUACGUGUACGCGAGUUUCCCCGUCGACGUGAUAGUAUAUUUUCAUAUGCAGCCCUCUACGUUCAGGUUCUCCUGCUUGCCGGUGUCCCGCGUCGAAUGUAUGCUUCAAUUGCCGUCCCUUGACAUCGUAUUUUCGUCCAAGCGAGCAGAAGAGGAGCUCAUCGAGUUCCGGGAGUACAAGACUCCGGGCACGCAGUCCACGGGGAAGGAAUCGAGCUCGGCGAUCGGUGGAUUAUCGGUCACCGGUUGUCUCGCCGACUUCUCCAUUUAUAUCUUCCAUCCGUACGGCGGCGGGAAGAAGACCGGCUUGAAGGAGGCCCAGUGGUCGCCGCUGUCGGACAGCGAGAGAAAGGAUUCUUUGAGCAUCAACGUCGAGUUCGUGAAGUUCCAUAUAGCGAGAAGCAGGAAGCUGAACUUCCAGAGCGAGCAGUCCAAGAAGAUGUUGGAUACCAGCCGCGCAGUUAUACGAUUUUCUACAAUCGUCGAUUUCGGGUCAGCAUCGUUCAAGUACGAUAUGCGAAGAUUGAGCGAGAUAUUGGCAUUCCCAAAGGCGUGGUACAGGCGCAGCAUAAUGCGACGAUUGUUUCUGGGCGAUCUGAGCUCCGGCACAGCGUACUCCGAGGGCGACGGCAGCCCUUCUAUGAAUCAGGAGGAGGCCGUGAUGGGAAGUUCUUUGUUGAAACAUUACGACCGGCAGCAUGGGGCCAACGGUCUGUCGAAAAGCGCCCCGGAACGGAGUCCGACCUUGAACAGGGACAAGCUGAGGCUGAGCCUGGAGAGCGAUAUGCCGAAGCACGCGCGGCUAAAAGAUAUCGGCAGAGGCUGGAGCUUCACCUCGGACAAACAGGCGGCCUCGGAAGUGAAGCUGCGAGAAGCCGCGUGGGAGACGUUGGUGUUGUUCGCCAUCAAUUUCACCCGGCUGAACGUUCACAUGAAUAUGAGCAACGUGAUGGGCAACGUCACCUGGAUGACGAAGGAUUUCAGCUCGGACGGGAGGCUCUCGAUCGGCAGCACCGGGCACAAAAAUCUGUACAUAGGCGUCGGCUUGGAAGGGUCCUGUCUGGAUGCGAAGGGCGGCAUCGUAGGCGGCACUAUAGAAUUGAGCAAAAUAGACACGUGCAUACGUAUCCGAGAAGAGCCUGGAAUAGAACCGGACCACACACUGGGCUUGACGCUGUUCGCGCUGGAACUGCGACUGGAUUACAUGGGGACCAGCGUGCUGAUGUCUAGGGUCUCCUCGUUGGACGUUACUUUGCGGGACGAGUGGAAGAUCAGCCGCAGUCACAGCGGUGACACCUUCAUGCCGACGAGGAGGCCGGCGAUAAUCUUCAUUCACGGGGACUUGGGAUGGGAUCAGCUACAGAUCAUGAUCAGCAAAUCGACGACGGCUGACCUGCUGAAGAUGUACUACAAGCUGGACGAGUUUUUCAACCAGCAGUUCAAGAGCAGCAAACGGGUGUUCAGUUCUUUGCAGCCGAAGCAUCAGAGGGUGAACAAUAGCAGCUUCAGGAAGAGGCAGAUGAAGUACAGGUCCACCGGUGAAGCUCAGUGCAAUAUAAAUCAAGCGACGAUGUCGGAUGCGCGCCAUCACAGACACUGGCAGGGUGUGUUAGCCCAAGUGGCGGACCUUCAGCUGGGAAGCUUGAGGUUCUCUCUGCCGACAACGGGAACCGUGCUCGGCGGAACGAUGGAGCUCCAUGGCUGCAACAUCAGCUUGGCCUGCUUCCACGGAAUCAAUUUCAAGAGCAAAAGCUGGGCACUGUUCUCGCUGAAGGAACCGUGCAUCAGUUUUGCAACGGAGGCUCAGGAAAUCCCAAGCGUUGAAUCGCCGAACACCUGUGACGUCCAUGUCGUGCAGACGUUGACCAUCAGCUUGGGCCAACAACAGGAGCAACACGCGAGGCAUCAUUCGAUGGCCACAGUUUGCAGAUUGAGUCGCAGCGUUCUGUUCCCCCCGCAGUUCAAAUCGUUGCAGGAAUGGUUCCAUUAUGCGUUUGCUAGCAGCGAAAUCGAUGCGGUGGAUCGGUUUCCUUGUGUCGAAAGAGAACGCACAGACAGCACAUCUGACAGCGGUAACGUGACACGUGGUCGAAGUACGUCUACCACUUCCGGAAAAUUGCAGGAGCACUCUCACGCGAGAGAAGUGAUAUUUGCUCUGCCGUCGUUGCAAUUGUACUUGAAAACCGAGCAUCUGCAGACAGCGAAAACACCGGACGUCGUUGGAGCGCCUAAACAUAUUUUAUAUAGUGAGAAACCGUUAGUCGAAUGUAGUUUUAUAACAGAGUUUGAGGACCAUAUCUUUGUUACCGUGGAUGCGGAGGCCUUCUUCUUCUUGCACGAUUUGAUCACCUCAUACGUAAAAGAAAAAGUGAAUAUGGGUGCGCACAGUCCAGAUGCCCAGGAUAAGAGGAGCGGUAGUUCCACCGCCAGCACUUCCGGUACAGCGUCGACAACAUCGGAUGAUGACAAGAAACGGAAACAGUUUGAUCCAACAGAUAUGUUCAUUAAAGAUUGGAGAUCGUACAGAUGCAAAACUUGGCACUUGGAACCGACUGUGAGAUUGCUCUCAUGGGCCGGCAAGAGCAUCGAGCCCUACGGCAUCGACUACAUCCUGCAGAAGCUAGGAUUCUCUCACGCCCGUACAACGAUACCAAAAUGGAUUCAACGAGGCUUCAUGGACCCGUUAGACAAAUUGCUGGCCAUUCUUAUGUUAAGAAUGGUCUCGGCGGUGCGCGAGGAGUCGUCGGAAGAGCAGAAGGAGCACAAGCGUGACAAGUGAAUCGCGGGGAAUAAAAUAGGCGCAUAGGGUAUAAGUAAUAAUAAUCGUCCGUCAUAGUAAAGUUCUAUCGACAGAGAUAAAUAAUAAGGCACGUACGCUUCUCCGUUCUCUUCCCGGCGACGCGCGCAAACGAACGUCGCUCGCGAUCAUUCCUCGACGAGGGAAUCGCGACGGGCAUUGCUCCUGAAUCGUAGAAUCGCGAGACGUAAUUAUACGGGGACACACAUUAGGGGACAUUUGUACGAAAUGUAAUUAGUGAAGUGCAACCUGUUAUCGAUAUUUCCGUUUUGAACGUGUUAGAUAUUGCACAGAACGUCGCGGACACGGUCCGGCAGCGUUUAGAAUAUAAUGUAAUGUACGUGCGUAUACAUAUUAACAGUGUUCAACGACGCCGCGUUAUAUUUUCAUAACGUAAUCCACCGGGAGCUUCAGUUCGGAGACGAUGUUUCUCGCCACUCGGAUUCGCGACUCUAAUUAGUAAUGUUACCGCGAUGUCGAGACGCAUUUCCUGUACGGCGUCCCAUAAUUACGUUAACACCCGGAAUGGGGUGAUUCCUGGGCUCAUUCGAAGCAACUUUUUCUUUAGCGAAAAUGUUCUAUGAGGCUCCGUUCGUUAGUUAUUGGCGAAAAACGCGGGCCAAUUAGAGCGCGAGGGCGGAGCGAGUGCGAGCGUGAGCGUGGCGCCGUAGGUAUCCGUUGAUAACUCGUGAACGAGGCGUCGUAGAGCAUUUUCGCAAUGGAUAAAGUUACUCCGAAUGACAGGAAUCCGGUUCUUCACGUAAUUACGGGACACCCUGUAAUAUUCGGGCCCGGGACAGUGCCGGGUACUUCAGCUUUAGAAUUUUAUAAAUUGCGUUCGUGCGCCGUGCAGAGACAACGGUGCCCCGGUUAUGUUUUCUUACGACCGCGUGUAUGUGUUCAAUAAUUUAGGUUGCCAUAUUUAAGGCGGUUCCAGGAAAGCAAUUUA